AUGGUUAGGCCCAAUAUGAUGUGUGAUCACUUUGUUUUAUCGGUUUUGGUGCAACUUGGAUGUAUAGGAUUGAGUCCUAUUUAUUAUGGUAAUUUUGGUAUGUAGGUCAGAAAACUCAAUUAGGGUUGGAGCCCUUAAUGGGAAGUCUUCCUUGGGUUUUUUAUAUAAAGGCUAGGUCCCCCUGUCCAUGUGGUUGAUAGCUUGCCCCAUUGACGGCUAUUUUUGUGAGAAGCAAGGAAGAGAAGAUCAAGCUGCUAUUAUUCCAGGUGAUUGAGGAAUCGCAUUCAAUAUGUCUUCCGCAGGUAUAUCUCUCAAACUUGAAAUUCAGGUCACAAAAUUCAAAUUCUCAUCCACAUGCGUUUCUUUAAAUUCAGGUCACGAAAUUCACAUGCGGAGGAUUCGUUGUUGGCAUCCGCUUCAGUCACACAGUCUUCGAUGGCCUCAGAGUAUCCCAAUUCCUGAAUUCAACCACAGAGAUGGCCACAGGUCUUCCACAGCCAGCAGUUGCACCUGUUUGGUGCAGGGAAGCCAUCCCGGAUCCGCCCAAGCGGCCGCAAGGAGAACCACCAUCCUUCAACGCCUUCCUCUUCGAGAACUCGAUAAUAGAUCUCUCUCUUGACAGCAUCAACCAUGUGAGGGACGAGUUCAUCAAAGAGACCGGCCACAAGUGUUCCAUCUUCGAUGUCGUCACCGCAAUGAUCUGGCGAGGCCGAACGCGAGCGGUCGGUUUGGAGUCUCAGGACGAGGUUCGCCUUGACUUCGUCGCGAAUGUCCGGCACUUGCUGCACGAGGUGCUGCCCCAAGGAGGAGGUUUCUAUGGGAACUGCGUGUUCUUCGUGGGAAUCACGUCGACCAGUGGGAAGAUCAAGCAUGCAUCGCUCGUUGAGGUGGUGAGUUUAAUUAGAGAGGCUAAAGAGAGCCUGCCCACCAAAUUCUCGGAGUGGUUGGUGGGAGACCCCAAGGGCCGGGACGCGUAUAGAGUGCCGCCGGGCUACGCGACGCUGGUGGUGUCGGAUUGGAGCCGAGUGGGAUUCUCGGAGGUGGACUUUGGGUGGGGAGAGCCAAUCCACGUUUCACCUUUCAACGACGAUUGGAACAUGGUAGCUUCGUGCAUCUACCUCAAGCCGCCCAAACCCAAGCAGGGGGUGCGGUUGAUGGCGCGCUGCGUCGUUCGGGAGCACUUGGCGGCCUUUGACGACCUAAUGAUGAUGUUGGCCUAACAAAUCCAUCCGUGUUCGCUAUUGUAUUGGUGGUGGAAAUCCUUAUAUGACUUUGGAUUGAAGAAAAUAAAUAGAGCUGUCCUUAAGAAUACGGGUGCCAUCCAGCAUUGCCCGUUUAAUUCGUCUAACGAAUUAAGUAUCCUUAGUAACUGGUACUUUUCUACUUUUGAUGAUAGAUUAUUGCUGUGCAAGUAAGGAUUUGUCGGAAUGUUAUGGUUGCUUAAUUUUCUUGUUCUUCAUUUAUUCUUUACCUUUUAAAUUUAUUAUAGUCAUUUUUAGGCUCUGCAAGUUAGGUUUAGAUGAAAAUAGAGUCUUGACAAGGACAAGUGUGAAGGUGCGAUGCACGACUGCCUUCGAGAUUUUUAUCCCUGUUUCAGGGACUUCCACAUGCGGGGGUUUUAAACCUGGAACUGUUUUGAUGGCAACGGAUAGAAAAUAGGAAAAAAUAACGAAUUCAAGCAUUUUUCUCCUUCCGCGAUGCCGAGAAUCAAAGAAAUGUUUCAGAGGGUUGAAACUUUUGUCCUCCAAAUUCUCGGCUUCUCGACAUCAUGGAUGAUAGUAAUAUUAAUUUACUGGGAGACAAUAAAUUACAUGGACAUGAUAGUAUAACCACUGUUUGGGACCCUCUGACCCAGCUCGGCCCGCUAUUGGGUUACCUACCGGGUGGUCCAAACUGACCACAAAAUUUCUGCCCAAAUUGGAAAACCACAAAUUCUAGGAAAUCGAUGCCUAAUCAAGUUUAGCGCUGAUCAACCUUAUUCAAGCUAUGAACGUCUGUGAACCUUAGCCCCUAACGACUUGAUGCCUUGUCACUAUGCAGAAUUGUCGCUAGUAGUAGUACUUUGAAAAGCAGAAGCUUCCAAAUUUUGCAGAAGCCUUCAAAUAAAACAUACCCCAUUCCAUCUAAUGCAAGAGACUGUAAUUCCUUAUUAUUGAUUUUGCUUCUAUUGUAUUCGAUGGGGGAAAGUGAUUUUUCCUCCUCAUGUAUGGGGGGAUGGCUAUAGAGCACAAAUCCAACAAGUUUACAAAACUAAAUUAAAAAAAAGGAAAAACUUAAUAUAUGUACAUACGAAUAGAUAAUAAAAAUAAACUAAAAAACAAAAUAUAGAACCUGUGAAAGCGAACACAAAUUCUAAAAUAAACAACACAUGGAAAUUACAAAAUAUAAACGAAGAAAAUACAAGAUGAAUUUUCAAGAACAAAAAAACAAAUGCCACAGGUUCCCAUGCCAAUGUGGCACUAGCAUGGCACGUCAUUAUUUGACUAAUCUACUGUUUAGUGGACCAGACCCUGUAAAUAACACCAAUGCCUUCCGCAACAUGACACAAGAAAUAUUGUGUGGUUGAGGGGCAGCCCAUAUUAUUACUCUUUAAAAAAUAAAAUUUCAAAGAAUAUACAAAACCAAAUACACAAAACCAGAUUACAAAUUGAUAAAAUAAGAAAAAAAAUGAAAGCAUAAUAUUAUCGACAUGGAUUACUGAAAAUAGGAACAAAUAAAAUAAAAAAAAUAUAAAAUUUAAAGUUGGUAAUUAGUUUUCUAGAUUAAUAUGCUAUCGACAUGGCAUCUUGUCGUUCAACCCCUCAUUUGAUAGCAUCAACGCCCCUCUCUUUUUUUAUUUUGCAACACCAUUGACUCAUGGCAAUCUGGUAUGGAUACAUCCAAAAAAUCAAAAUACAACAAAUUACGAAGCGCCAGAGGCACCUCCAUUUC